AUGGCUCCAACCUUCGAAGACUUUAUCCAAUCACCUCAGUUUACCUUCUUUGUUGGUAAGGAGAGAAAGCCAAUCGUAGUACAUGCGGCUGCGAUUGCUGCUACUAGUCAGCAUCUAGAUGCACUUGUCAACGGCGGAAUGCAGGAAUCGGAGACGCGAUGUGCGAGGAUGAAAGAUGUCAGUGUUGACGAUUUCAUCCGUUUCUGCGAGUACGCUUACCGUGGCGACUAUACGAUACCUCGAUGGGAAGAACUCCUGCCGGAACCAAGCUCUCAAAAUAACAAAAACGAUGACUUAGCAGACGAUAAUAGCCCCAAGAAUCUGAUCCUACAAAACUGCGAAUCCCCACGCAAUCGUGCUGCAAACCACAAUUGCGCGCCAGUCCUUCUCGCUCAUGCACGACUUUACUGCUUUGCACAUCUACGUCUGAUAAUGUCGCUUAAAUCGCUAACCCUCCAAAAGCUGCAGAAGACGCUCAUGAGCUUUGAUUUGCACAAAAAUGGGGUUGGAGAUAUCAUUGAGCUCGCGAGAUAUACGUACUCGAACCCAGAUCUACCAGAUAGAAGCGGCGACGAAACUACCGAUGACCUGAGGAAACUCGUGGUCGAGUAUAUUGUGUGCGAGAUUGACACUAUUGGCAAGUGUGAUGACUUUAUCAAGUAUAUGGAAGAGGGUGGUGAAUUCGCGGGGGAUUUCUGGAGAAUAGCAAGGAACCAGAUGGCUUGA